AGUCUUGCUUUGCUUGUGGGAUCUCCUUCUAUAAGUCGUUUAUAUUGUAUACAACAAUCAAAGAUACUAUGUAUCAAUAGCAGAUAAAUAUGCAUCUUGGCCUUGAAAUUAUUCAAUUGAUACCAUGGCAGUGGCGGUAAAGGGUGUCUCCAAAGAAUCUUUUUAUCUUCGUCAGGAGUGGAAGUUAUUACCAGAUUUAUUUAAAGUUGACGACUACUAUGAUUGUAUUGAUAAUGGGAAUAUUUAUUGUGCUGUCGAUGCAAAACUUUGGACCAUGAAUACGAGUAGUCAAAUUUGGAACUUCUUAGAGGAAAUCGAGAGAGACAUGAACAUGUUCGGAAGGAAAGUUCUUCAUAGGUAUUUAUGUAUGCCUCUAACAGAAUUUGGCUCAGGCGUGUCUAUGAAAGGAUACACUGAUGGGCUUAUAGACGAGGAAAUAAAAAAUAUAGGUUUAAAUGCGUCUAGUGAAAUAUUGGCUUGCUCAAAUGGACUUGUAACACCAAGUCUUUAUGAUUACAUAUUAUGUGCAUUUUUCGUCAUCUACGUGACUAUCGUUCUGUUAGGGACAAUUCUGGAUGUGGCAGGUAGAACGCCAGAAAGACACUUUAUAGUUAAAUUUUCUCUACGCUAUAACUGGAAACAUUUAUUAAAAACCAGCAGGAGCCAAGAUUACACAAGACUGAAAUGCAUACAAGGGAUACGCUUUUUAAAUAUGAUCCUAGUUAUAGAAUCGCACGUCAAAUUGAUGUAUGUUUGGUUCAAUCCUAAACAUCCAGAAUAUAUGGAGCAGAUGAAUCAAAUGCUGAUAGUUAGAUUACUCAACCACACAGACUUGUUUUUGGUACAAACGUUUUUCAUGAUAUCUGCUUGGUUGUUGGUCAUCAAAAUUUAUGAUAUACAAAAAAAACUCGGACGUUUUUCAUUCAAGCACAUGUGUAUUAUCUUAUUGAACAGAUAUUUCAGGUUAGCUGUGACUUUAGCGAUAUCUCUGGCAGUUAUUAAAUCUGAUCUGUUCAUGUUUAAUAUAGUGAGUCCCAUAACUAUUGUAACAGAAAAUGCAAGAAAGCAAUCCUGUGAAAAUAACUGGUUAGCAACUCUUCUCUUCUACAACAAUAUCUUUUAUUGCAAAGAUAUCUGCCAUCCUGUAACUUGGUACCUUUCCGCAGACUUUCAAUUAUUUGUUUUAGUAGCUUUAAUAUUUUAUUGUGCUCUGAAAUAUAAAUUGGAUCACAAGUAUCUAUGGGUUACUUUAUAUCUGACGGCCUAUAUCAUCUAUGGGUACCAUUGUAAUUGACUAAGUUUACACGCCUGGCAACUACGAGUAUUUUCACAUCAGAUCCUUUUGAUCGCGGGUCAGACUUGGAAGAAAAGAUAAAUGAUAGUUGGACAACAACUUCCUUUCUAACGAAAAUUUUUAAAAUCCUAUAACUAAGUGGACGAAUAUUCCAGUGCAACUUUAUUAAUUCCGAAGAUCGCAGUAGCAUGUCUAAGACAAUGCUAAAUGUCGGCUCAGUAUGUAUUUAGUAUGGAUUCACAUCAACCUUGCGAAAUAGAUUAUUGACCUGAGGUAUUACAUAUCAUUUUAUUAUGAACGUGCAUUCCAGAAAUUUCGAACAAGUGCCAUUUCUUGAAUCAUUUCCCAUGCUUGUACAUUACCAAUCUACAUUGUCGAAUAUCCUUACUAGCUACAUUGGGAUAUUACUUGGAAAAGCUUACAUCAAGAGCAAAACUCUGAAUCGAACUGAAGACCUUAAGCUAAUAAAAUUAUUUUGGCUUCCCGCAUUCAUUUUUUUGCCAUUGAUUGCUGUCUAUUUGUCAACAAUUGAAUACAGUAGAAUUAUGACAGCGAUUAUAGAGCCUGUGUUGAAACCUUUGUUCGCACUUGGUAUUGGAGUUGGAAUUUUGGGCAUGGUCAAUCUAGGAGGUGUACUUAAGAGAAUGCUUGAAUCAAGAUUUUUGGAAGUGAUGGGGAACGUUUCUUAUUGUACCUACAUAUACCAUAUGUUUGUAUUACUUUGGUAUCUGGAAUAUUGUUCCAUGGAUAUGAGCACAGUAAAUAUUGUGCAGGACUUAGGUGUCGUUGUUGGGCUAAGUUUUGUUCUCGGCUUAUUGACAACCUUGGUGUUUGAGCUACCAGGACAGCAUAUUCAACAAUUAUUACUGCCACAAAUUCCCAGACAAUCAAAAUCCAAGGACGCAUAAUUUUGUUGAACUACUGUUAUAUAUUUAUCACCAAAGGGUUUGUUCUUGGAGUUUUAGCAAUUCAGACCUAAGUGAGGUUUCAUAAAUUUUUGUAAUACACAUAUGUUUCCAACUAUAAUGAGUUUAACAAAUACGUUACAUAAUAAAGUAAUUAUGAAUGUUAUAGAAUCUUAGUUAA